AUGCCUUUCGUGAGUCACUCUAAGGGAUAUGGAGCUACUCCUAGUAAAGUGGACCGAACCCCAUGUGCCUCGUCCCUACCGUCUGCUGCUGACGUCCUUGGCGCAGCGCUUCUACGUGCUGUGUGCACGGGCAGCGCGGAGCUGGUCAACGCCUUCAUACGUGCAGGUGCCAACAUUGGGUUUGUUGACGCCCUUGGUUUUAGUGCAAUGCAUUACGUGGCACAGUACGGAACCCCUCAAGUCGCCUGGCUCUUCGUUCAACGCGGUGUAGAUGUCAAUGUGCCGGACAGACACGGACGGACGCCACUCUUCCACGCUGUGCGGACUGCGAGGAGCGUCCUCGUGCACUAUCUCAUUGCCUGGAGUGCAAAAAUCCAGAUUGACGACCUCCGGAUGGCAGUUGAGACUGGUAAUACUGAAGAUGCGGUAAUUCUGGUUGAGGAAUGGAUCCACACUGGAAAGACACUGGAUACUCUGGAUGAGCUGUUGCUGCAGGCUGUCAAACAACGUGAUAAAAACAUGGUAGAGCUUCUUCUGGAAAAUGGCGCUCGAGCUCUGGCCACCGACACUGCGGGUAGGACAGCUUUGACAAUUGCAGCCUCAGCAGAGGACAGAGAGCUUGCAUUGCUUCUCAUCGAAUACGGAGCAGAUCCUGACGGAUGGAAUGUGGAGGGUAAUCGGUCUCUCGCAGAGGUUGUAAAGUGGCGGCAUCUGGCGAUGGUUGAGCUGCUGUUGUCAAAGGGUACUUCGAGCUGCCGAUCUCUUGGGUCCUAA